GAGGCUGGCGAAGAAAACUGGGACGCAGAGAGCUGCCAAACGCUCCCAUCGCCGGCAGUCUCCCACACCAAAUGUCUGUGCAGCAAGCUGUCCACCUUUGCAGUGUUAGCGCAGAAAGCUAAAGAACCGGCUAUGGGGCCCUCCAGUAUGCCGUCUGUGCCCCUCAUGGUGGGCUGUGGCAUAUCCUGUACGGCUCUACUCAUUCUGCUGCUCAUCUAUGCUGCCUUCUGGAGGUACAUUCGUUCAGAGAGGUCCAUCAUUUUGGUGAACUUCUGCUUGUCCAUACUGGCCUCAAAUGUGCUUAUACUGGUGGGACAGUCCCAAACUCUUAGUAAGGGACUGUGCACUGUGACCGCUGCCUUUUUGCACUUCUUCUUUCUGGCUUCUUUCUGCUGGGUUUUGACGGAAGCGUGGCAAUCCUACCUGGCCGUGAUUGGCAAGAUGAGGUCCCGCCUCAUUCGGAAGCGUUUCCUGUGCCUGGGCUGGGGUCUUCCAGCCCUUGUAGUCGCUGUAUCUGUGGGUUUCACCCGAGCUAGAGGUUACGGCACACCAAGUUAGUAAGUAUCACUGAUGCAGUGUAGUCUCGCAA